AUGUACUCCCUCUACCGAGCCUGGCUAUCGCUAGGCCCCUGCGGGGGCUUGCCCCCCUUGCCGCCCACCCUAGCGACACCUACGCCUAUGAAUCUGAGCGUACCGCCCCAAAUGCCGGCGGUACCAGACGUCGCUCUCCAAGUAGGACCCGGACUCACGCAGUUUUCCGCCCACAAGGCCGUUUUGGCCGCUCACAGUGGAUUCUUCAAAGCAGCCUUGUCAAAUCAUACAGGUAAAUACUGCGACGGUCCCGUCAAAUUCCACAGGGUCAUCAACAAAAACUACGGCGUGCCACCGCCCGCUUCGGACAAUUGCCAGCGAGAGGAGAUCAACAGGAACGCCGUGCUCAACAAAGUCAUGAACGAGAAUAUUCGCGAUCAGCUCGUCGACGAGAACGAAAAUCAAAACAGCGAACUAUUCACGUGCCUGUAUUGCAACCACACGUUCAAGUCGAAAUACUGCUACCAGAAACACGCUCGCCGGCACCUGAAUCCUGUCAACUUGGAGGCCAAAGGAGUGCCGAAAGAGGCCAAGAGAGAAGUGAAGCUGCUCGAUAUGAACGUGCAAUACUACCCGUGCAAAACGUGCGGGAGCAAAUUCCCCAGCUACUACUUCGUGCACAAGCACAGGAAAUUGUGUCACGCCGAAGAAAUGGCGGAUAAUGAUAAUAAGAAUAACGAAAUGGUGCCGGAGAAUGCGGAGAAUACGGACAGCAGUUGUAGCGCUAUUGACGUGGAGGCCGUAAAUUCCGAUAAAUAAUUUCGGUUAUGAAAUUCAAUUUUAAAUUUAAUGUACUAAUCAAUUAUAUUCCGAAUUAACGAAUUGACAUAUCAGAAAUGUGAAAG